AUGCAUGUACCCUCAUCCUCUUGCCCCGAACUACAGCCAGAAACCAAUCCAAAUAUGCUAUCACCGCCAUCCUCGCCACUCCCCCUGCCUACCAGCUACCUUAAAAUCGAUAUUAACAAUCCUUCAAAGAAUGUUGACGGGACUCCAAAAAACCAGGAUGUGUUAUUUGCAUUCUUUGAAAUGAGCCCAGUAGACGGUGCUUUGUGGAAGGAUCUCAUCCCUCAUUCAAUUGACGUUAAGAAAAGGCUCUUUCUUGGACAAGGAAACCAUGCAAAUGUCUACAAGGGCUGUGCACCCUUAAAAGAGGCCAUUUCUUCAAUUAGCCUUUAUCCGAAAGACUUGCGCAAUAGUAAGACUACCAAUGAUACCCUGGAUGGAAACACAUCCGAUAAUAUAGAAAAAUUGGCAGUAAAAGUUUUCCAUAGAGAAGAUCCAAAUGCGCUGUUCAUUGCACUUCGCGAACUGUACUUCCAAUCUGAAUUCUUCAAGUCGUCUCCCUCUCUGGGGUUAAAGGCCUUUGGGGUGCUGAUAGUUUAUAAAAAUUUCAUGUUUUUCAUCACCAGAACCGACAAUGUCAAUGCCUCGUAUCUAUCGACCGAUGAUAUUAGAUAUUCUCAAGUUGUUUUGCUGAUAGAAUUGGGAGAAAAUGGCUCACUUGCCAAUGUUCCCAAAAAAGUUAUCACCUCUGAUUUUAUUUUAAAGACCGGACAUCAGCUUUCUUCAAUGCUAGUGUCGUUGUUUGAACUGAAUUUUAUCCAUGGUGAUAUCAAGCCUCACAACCUUUUUCCUUUUUUUUCGAAUCACGGAGGUUUACAAGUUAAAUUGGGCGACUUCAGUUCGACAAUCAGGCUCUCAACAUUGCACUCUCCCGUUCUAAUGGAUUCUUGUGGGACGCAGGCUUAUUUAGCUCCAGACCUGCUUUUGUCGGCCGUGCCCUCCAUUGAGGCCAUCAAAGGUGGCGAUGCGUAUGCCAUUGGUGUCACCCUAUGGUCAUUAAUUACUGGGUGUUCCCCUUUUGGGGGGAUCACUUCAUCUGUUCCUAGGCUUAUUGCCAUUAAAAGAGGGUUUUUUGAGUGUGGACAGAAUCCAUGGAAACUGUCAUUGUCCAAUUCAUCUUGUUUACUUUUGCCAUCUGGAGAAACAGUUCCUGCUGAGAUUUCAUGUGCUCUCAUCUCCAUCAUAGAAGGCUUGUUGCAAGGAGACGCUUCGAAGCGGAUCUCACCUCAAGAUCUCCUUUAUUCUUUCCAGAAGCUUUUAAAUUGCUCCUGA